CAGCGUGGCGGUCAGUCAGCGCGCGGUGACUUAAAAACAAGAGCGGGAAACUCAUCGAAACCUCUUAAAAAAACUCUUUUAGUCUGACAACGCAGGGAUGCCAGAGCGACUGCGCAGACCAGUCGCCUGUUUGAGCGGAAUAAAGUCACACUAAUUAAGCUAGUGGGCCCACAGCUGAGCUGCGUGACAGAAGGGAACCGAGUGGUGAAGUUUGGCUUGAAUGGGUGUCCGCGUGCGCUCUGGAUGGGAUGCACGGUGAGCUUCAUCUGCUGUGAAGACGACUUUCCGCAAAUGCCCGUUCACCAACAUGAUGAGGAGAAGAAGAAGAAAGAGAGCCUGAAAAAGCCGGAGGAGUUGGAGGCUCUUCAUUCCCAUACGUUCCGGGUGAAGACUUUCAAGAAGGCCAAGCACUGCAGCGUCUGUAAGCUGGCCGUCAGCCAGGACGGACUCAUCUGCCGAGUGUGCCGAAUUGCCUGCCACAAGAAAUGUGAAGUCAAGGUGUCUUCCUCUUGUGUUCCAGCAACAAACUACGAGCUGGCACCGAGCACUGACCUCCCUCUCAAACAUGUAGACACCAUGGGCUCGACAAAAUCUUCAAAGAGCAUGGAGUCACGGCGCAGACCAUCCAGGAGUGCGAGUCUGCUGCAGGCCCUGGAGGAGAGCUACGAGUUGGAUCUGAUCUACAUCACCGAGAGGAUCAUCUCCGUCUCCUUCCCCAGCAGCGUGGAGGAGCAGAGCUACGCCGCCAACCUGCGGGAGGUCGCCUCCAUGCUGCGCUCCAAACACGGCCACAACUACCUGCUCUUCAACCUCAGUGAGAAGCGCUACGACAUCAGCCAACUUAAUCCAAAGGUGUUGGACUUUGGCUGGCCGGACCACCAUGCUCCCGCCCUGGACAAAAUCUGCAGCAUCUGCAAGGCCAUGGACACCUGGCUGAGUGCUGACAGCCACAACGUGGUGGUCAUACACAACAAGGGCAACCGGGGCAGAACUGGAGUGGUGGUGGCCGCCUACAUGCAUUACAGCAACAUAUCUGCCAGUGCUGACCAGGCUCUGGACAGGUUCGCCAUGAAGCGCUUCUACGAAGACAAAGUGCUUCCUGUGGGCCAGCCGUCUCAGAAAAGGUAUGUGGAGUACUUCAGCGGCCUGCUCUCCGGACACAUCAAGAUCAACAACAAACCCCUGUUCCUCCACCAUGUCAUCAUGCACGGCAUCCCCAACUUCGAGUCCAAAGGAGGCUGUCGUCCUUUUCUCAAAAUCUACCAAGCCAUGCAGCCCGUGUACACAUCUGGGAUCUACAAUGUUCAGGGUGACAGCCAGACCAGCAUCUGCAUCACCAUUGAACCCGGUCUUCUCCUGAAAGGGGACAUCCUGCUCAAGUGCUACCACAAGCGCUACCGUAGCCCGUGCCGAGACGUGAUAUUCCGGGUGCAGUUCCACACGUGCGCUGUUCACGACCUGGGGAUCGUGUUCGGGAAAGACGAGCUUGAUGAAACAUUCAAAGAUGAAAGGUUUCCAGAGUAUGGAAAAGUGGAGUUUAUUUUCUCCUUUGGACCAGAGAAGAUACAUGGUCAAGGUGUGGAUCAACUGGAGAACGGGCCGAGCGUCUCGGUUGACUACAACACGCAAGAUCCGCUGAUCCGCUGGGACUCAUACGAAAACUUCAAUCAGAAUUGUGAGGACACCACAGAUGAAGUCAUCCACACCGAAGGCCCCCUGGACGGCAGCCUCUACGCCAAAGUUCGCAAAAAGGAGUCUGUCGAAGGAACCGUGCCAGUGAAUGGCCUCCCACCCACUGCUGUUGAACAUGCCCUCCCUGCGGGUGACCAUGCCUUGUCAGUGAGCAGUGACUCAGGAAACUCUACUGCCUCCAUCAAAACUGACCGAACUGAUGAAGCAGCAGCAGCCACACAGGCUUCUACAGUGAGCCAGGCCCACCUUCCUGUAGGCGAGGAGCCACCCUCAGCCAAUCACGACGCCCCCACUGCACAACAAGCAAUUAGUCCACAAGAGAAGCAGGAGCUGGAGCAGCUGCUGAGUGGCUUGGAGGGGCCCAUGCAUCGACAGGGCUACCUGUCCACCCCCACCUCUGCUGUUGGAGGCAUGCUUCACCUGGUCCCUGCCCAGGUCCAUGUCAAUGGGCACAACAGCAUUGACCGUGAGACGGACAUUUUAGAUGAUGAGCUUCCCACCAGUCAAGAGGGCCACAGUGUUGACAGUCUAGGGACAUUUUCCUCCACAGAUGGUCGGGCUACACCAGCGGAUCUUUACUACCAGCCUGGGUCACAUGUAAAUGGCCAGGAGCAUGUGCCGUAUCUGGAGCGCAGUGUCCCAGAAAAGCCUCUGGAAGCCAUCCAGCCACAAGUUGGCAUAUCCAACAAACCUGUCACUUUGACCCAAAGUGAUUCAGCCCCAUCCUCGGGUGAUUACAUUGCCACGCAGAAUGGCAAUUUGUACCGCUCUCACUCAUUUGGUGCAGAGACAAGUUCUAUGCCACAAGCUCCCACCCGCACCACCAGUAGCAGGGAUGCCGUCCAGCGUGGUCUCGUGUGGCAGCAGUUUGGCGUGACGGAUGAGCCAGUAACGGAAGGCUUUACUUUUAGUCCACCGCCUUCAGUAGCAGGGAUGCCGACCCACCACAGCCUCCCACAGUUCCCUCAUCGCCACAGUGCCUCCCAGCAAGAAAUUGAGCAAUCUAUUGAAACCCUUAAUCUCCUCAUGUUGGACCUGGAACCAGGCCGUCCGCUGGUGCCAAAGUCCCAAAGUGCUCCACUGCAGGAAAACAAUGUUGUGGUGACCACCCAGCCGUCCUUCACCCAGAGCCAACCCAGGCCCUCCGCCCAGGCUGAUGCCGCCAUUCACACCCACUUUGGUGGCCCCAUUUCCGGCCUGGCCAGCCACUCGUCUCCGGCUCAGAUGUCCCCUGGGAAGCCUAGUACUCCAGAGUCUGCGCCUGUGCAGGGAUCUCUGAGUUACACAUCUGAAAGAGCUGGAACGGGUCCUUCCUCCCAAGCCUCCCCCACUAUAUCUGGUCACUUCCAGCUCAAGCCCAUCAACAGCUACCCACCAAGCACAUUGUCCCAGUCUGCAGAGGUUUUUGAGCCCCAGAGAAGCCCCAGUGCUGCUUCAGCGUCACCACAGCCAAGAGAAAGUGAGCAAGAUGAAGUGUUCAACGUUGAAGGUCUGGUGGCCCAAAGAGUGGCUGAAUACUCGGCUCGUGUCCAAAGUGUCAUCCCCAGCAUGACCUCUUCUCAGUCUGAGCACCGCCGUUCUCUCUCCUUCUCGGGUGUCCAGGCCCGUGCCGUGUCGUUGGACGAGCCAGCAACUCUGCCCCGCCAUCGCAUCGCCAGCGACGGCCAUUACCAGAACGGCCCUGAGGACGAUCCCUCUCCUGACGUCCCACUUCGGUCUCCUGUCCGCUGUGUUUCUCCGGAGUUUGUCAACGCAUUAGCGAUGAACCCCGGAGGACGGCCCAAGGAGAGACACAUGCACAGCUACCGGGAGGCCUUCGAGGAGAUGGAGGGUGGCCCCAUCAGUCCUGCACCCAUAGUUGGUGGUGAGGUGUUUCCCCAAACCCCUGCCUUCCCCAUCUCGCCGCAAACCCCUUACUUCAACCUGUGUCGGUCCCCCCCUGGUCUUGCCAAGACUCCACUGUCAGCCCUGGGUCUGAAGCCCCACAACCCAGCAGACAUCCUGCUCCAUCAAACAGGCUCAGCACCAAGAAGCUACGUCGAGUCUGUGGCGAUGUCAGCAUCGGCAGGCGGAGAGCAGCCCACGUCCACUCGGAGUCUUAGCCCACCGGGAGAGACUACAGGCCAGCAGAGAAGUCCAAGUCCCUCCUCUGACACGCUGAACCCACCUUUGUCCAGCAGCAGCCCCAUCCAGAUCUCACAGGGUGAUCGCCCCGUAGCAGGGAGCAGCGUUAGCACGCCGUCCCAACCCACAUCUGAUUCAGGCUUCCGGUCCCAGGCUACAGAGAGUGCCUACCCCACUCCCACCCCCUCAUACCAAGCCCUGAAUACCCCCACCUCUUCCUACCUGGAUUCCAGCUCUCCCACCUCUUCUUACCUUGGCACUACAACCCCUACCCCAUCCUACCUUGGCCCCAACAACCUGCUGGGGGGCUAUGCGGUCUCAGAUCCCAGCCCACCCACCUCCGAACCCUCCCAGACAACGCUCAGCCGUGGAAGUCCCUAUGAACAGCACCAGACCAAAAUCCUUAGAUCCCCCUACAACCCUGUCCUCCAGCAGCGCCCGUGUGCUAAUCAGGAUGGUACCAUCACGGGCCAUCACACGGCGCCGGCUAACGGCUUUGAUGUGGGUCUCGGUGGCAGUCCCGUCCUUGGUCGCCGCCCGUCUCAGGGCGCUCAGAGCAGCCCGGUCCUCAGCAGACAGGCCUCUUUGGGACAGGCGUCUCAGCGUAGCCCGGUUCUCAGCAGACAACCGUCCCUGGGCCAGCCCAUGCAGAUCAGCCCCGUGCUCAGCCGACAGCCAUCUAUCACCCACCAAGGAAGUCCGGUUCUGGGCCGUCACCCAUCUGUGUCGCAGGUGUCCCAGAGAAGCCCCAGUCUGGACCGUCACCCCAUGCACAGCGGUUACACCACCCCAGAUGAGAGACACGGGAACCUGUCGCAACAGAGCAGCUCCUCGGGCUACCAGGGACCCCCCACUCCCUCCUUCCCCAUCUCCCCUGCAGGCUACCAGGAUGGGGGGUCGAUGGGGAUGGGUGGAGGGUUCCGACAGGGCAGCCCCGCCCCCGGUUUCCAGCCCCAGCUUCCAGAGAAGAGGCGCAUGUCGAGCGGCGAUAGACCCAACGGAGCGCUGUCCUAUGGCACACUGAAUGGGAAGAUAAUGUCCCCGAUGGGUGGAGCAGGCACGCCCAGCUACUUCCACACCCUCUCCGACUUCUCAAGGUUCAACAUGCCCGACGGAAGUCCUGAAAGCAGGCUGAAUGUCAAGUUUGUCCAAGACACGUCCAAGUUCUGGUACAAGCCAGAUAUUUCCAGGGAGCAAGCCAUCGGCCUGCUGAGAGAGAGGGAGCCUGGAGCCUUUGUUAUCCGGGACAGUCACUCGUUCAGGGGGGCUUUCGGCCUGGCUAUGAAGGUGGCCUCUCCUCCACCCUCAGUGCAUCAGAACAAGAAAGGUGACAUCACCAACGAGCUGGUGAGGCACUUCCUGAUUGAGAGCAGCCCCAAAGGAGUGAAGCUGAAGGGCUGCCCCAACGAGCCUUACUUUGGCUGUCUGUCUGCCCUGGUCUACCAACAUGCUAUCACUCCACUGGCCCUACCCUGCAAGCUACUCAUCCCUACCACAGAUCUCAUCGAGGAAGCGCCAGAAGUGGCCGCACCGAAUCCACUGGCUGAAAGGCUGAAACAAGGAGCAGUGCAGAGGGCCCCUGCUGAUUCCCAUGCAUGCAACGUGCUCUACAUCAACUCAGUGGAGAUGGAGUCCCUGACAGGCCCUCAGGCUGUUGCCAAGGCGAUAUCUGAGACACUGGCUGCCUCUUCUCCAGCGACUGCCACCAUUGUGCACUUCAAGGUGUCUUCACAAGGCAUCACGCUGACCGACAACCAGAGGAAGCUUUUCUUCCGACGCCACUAUCCCACCAACACUGUCACGUUCUGCGAUACUGACCCUCAGGACAGAAAGUGGAACAAGCCGGAGGGAGGCACAGCCAAGCUGUUUGGGUUCGUGGCGCGGAAGCAGGGAAGCACAACGGACAACGUCAGCCACCUCUUCGCCGAGAUCGACCCCGAGCAGCCCGCCAACGCCAUCGUCAACUUCGUCUCCAAGAUGAUCGCCGCGCAGAAACGAUGAGAGCUGUCCGCAAAACCCUGGCGCUUUUUUUUUUUUUUUUUUUUUUUUUUAAAUGCCUUUGGUUAUUUUCUUUCCUUUUAACUACGGACACUUACUUUCUGUUGUGGACAGUUAAGCAUUUGCUUAGUUUUCCUGCUCCUUUACUUUUCUGUGUGACUGUGUGUUUGUGAACGCACGAGAACAAAUUGGUGUGCGUGUGUGUGUGUGUGUGUGUGUUUCUGUGUGUGUGUGGUGUGUGUGUGUGUCUGUGUGUGGGUGGUGUGUGUGUGUGGUUGUGUGUGUUGUGUGUGUGUGUGUGCCUCAUGCAUGUGCUUUUCUUCUUGGACGGACUCCAGAAUGGACCGAGAGAAGUGCGGGAUGGGGCGUGGCUGUGUGACCGUGGGCCGGGAGGCGGUUCGGAUCCCCCUGGCAGGGUGAC